AUGAAGCCAUCAGUAAUUGACGAAGAUACAUCAACAACACUCGAAAAUACACCCAACAACAACGAUAAUCGUAUUGAAUGCAAAAAUGGUGACGGUCUCACCGUGACGUCUCUUGACGACAAUGACACGUGCAAAUACGGUGAACUUAUCUUACUCGGGUUUGUUUUAUAG